AUGUCAAGCAGGGUCGCCCGCUAUCAGCUCCUUCUAGCCGUAUCUUCAUUGCUUGUUUCAGCAUGUUUUGGUUUUGUGGGAAAGGAACUGACACUGAGAACCAGGAAUGCACACUUGCCACUGCGAUAUGCUUCCCCCAUUAACAAUGGGGAUAAUCAAGGCUCCUAUUCAGCCUUGAAAGAAGAGGCAAAAUCAAAGACGCUGUAUGAAAUUCUAGGAGCUCCAGCCACUGCCACCCGAGAGGAAUUGAAGAAAUGCUAUGUGAAAAAGGCAAAGCUCUCUCAUCCAGAUGCUCAAAUUGCAAAUGCAGGAUCCAAUAAUACAAUAACAGACAAGCUCGACUUUAAUGAGAUUGCACAGGCCUGGAAUAUCUUAGGAGACGAUAAAUUACGACGUAGAUAUGAUCGUGAACUCCGGGCCCAAGCCUUUUCCGAAUCCGCCCAACGUUUUGCCAAUGAAAAUCUGGAACGAGCGGUACCCGCCAUGGCCAAUAUGGUAGAUAACUUUGCUGCCCCUUUUCUAAGACGAACCACGGCGACCACUUGGGCCGUUGGACAAGCGGUGGCCAAAGAAGUGAGUUCUCAUGAAAACGUGGAACUUUCAGAUACCUGGAAGAAGGCGGUUCAGGCAGGUCAGGAAGUGGGUAGAUUUAUGGAUGGUGUAGAUCUGAAAGAAAAGUCGAAAGAUCUACAGAGUCAGGCUCAAGACCAACUAAAGCGAGGAACCGAAAUCGAGGACGAGCUUGAUGCACUCACAGAACGACGACUACUUGCUACCUUGCAAUCCAAAGAUUUCUUUCUGUCGAGCGACGAAGCGACUGAUGUUUUGAAUAGGCUGUCCAUUGAAAGUGAAAAUCCAACACUUCUAGGACGAGCCAUGAUGCGCAAUACCAUUGAACAAGAGAUUCGAUUAUUGCAGGUGGCAGAAGCGAAAUUUUCAGAAAAGCUAAAAGAGUACGAGGCGACGGAUAAAGAAUGGAAUACUCUAUUGAACAAGCAGGAUGAAGCCAAGAUGAACCUUUCCAAACACAAAAUGGAAGAAAUGGAAGCACGCCGUGCUUUGGAGAGAGCCCAAAGGCAAGUUUCUGAAGCAAAAUCACAGCUGUUAACAUCCACGAAUGCUCUUCGAGGCAUUGAACAAAGUGUCCGAAAAAAUGCUUUUGAAAUGGACCGAAUGACUUCCACCUUGUCGCAGAAACAGGAAAAGGUCCGAGCUUCAUUGAAGAAGAAGGUAGACCAAGCCAGAGGUGGAAUGGAAGUCGAGUAUCUGACGGAGGAUGACUUGACUGCGCUCCGACGGCGUGAAAUCCAAUUGGUAGGAGAGCAAAAUCAGACCAGAAGGAAAGCAACCCAACUUCAAACGGAAGCUGAAUCUCUCAAGAAGCAAGCCGAUAACGCUGAGCCAGUCAACGGACAACAAGGCGAAGAAUGA